AUGCUUGUUGUGAAACAUAUAGCAACUUUAACUUUAAUUCUAUGGUCAGCCAUAUCAUUAGCAGACCGAGCAUAUAACUACGAACAAACCAAUAGCAUACAAGGAAUGUAUGUUGAUGAUUUUGAAAAAGUGCAUAUGCAAGUAUCAAGAGCUACAUUUCAAGAUCCAGUAGUAGUCAAUAGAGGAGGGCUCUUGUAUAUGAAAAAUGUAGCCAGUUGGCCCUGGUUUCAGGUACUCGUUAAUUAUUUUAGAGUCUCUCUUAGUGAUAUAAUUGUAUCCGAAAAUGCAACUUUUGUUAUCGAUGAUGAUAAUACAUAUGGGCAGUGGAGCUCAAUUGCCCUCCAAGGGAAACUAAAUAAUGCAGGUGAAACAUACAUCUUAGGUACAAACUCGUCUCAUUCUAUUACCACUUCUAUACAAAACAAUGAUUUUAAUAAUACUGGUAAGCUUUGUUUCUUGAACAACAUUAAGAAUCCUCUGGAGAGUCAAGUUGAAAUAGAAUGGUGGGGUGGAACAGCUACUAAUGAUGGAACCAUCUUCUUUAAAAAUAUUGAUAAUAUCAUCAUAAACAAAGACUUGAAAGGUAAGGGUUGUAUUUGGUUAGAAGAUUAUACAAACUACGUCAUUGAAGAUCCAUAUUUCAAUCUGAACAGCAACCAGGCUUAUUACUUAGGCAGAGGAUCUACAAUAACUAUUAAUAAUUAUGAUCCUAACAGGAAUAUACCAACUUUUGAAAUAUAUGGACUUGGAAACCGAAAUUUUAUAUAUCUUUAUUUAAGAGGGUAUCCCUCUUAUGAUUAUGAUGGCGAAUAUUUAACAAUCUCAAUUUUGAACAAUAUUGAUCAGGGUAAAGUAAUAAGAAUAAAAGUAGGUCAAAUUGGUAACUUAGAUAAUAACUUUGCUAUAAUGGGUUACUGCUUACCGCAAUCCAAGAGAGCCCAAGGUGAUUGUAAAGCUGAAAUAUGGAUUCCUUUUGGUACAGAUGAACAACCACCCCCAGCCGUAUGUCAAAGAUGUGAUAAUCCACCAGUCUUUGAUGUGGACUCAUAUGAUGAUUUGCAAAAUGGCUCACAAUCAUCAUCUUCCGAAAUUGAAACAUCUUCCGAAAUUGAAACAUCUUCUGAUAUUGAAACAUCCUCAGAGAUUGAAACAUCCUCAGAGAUUGAAACAUCCUCAGAGAUUGAAUAUUCUUCAUCCACUUCAGACGUUGUGUCCUCCUCAGAUAUUGUGCCAUCGUCAUAUGUUGAAUCGUCAUAUGUUGAAUCGUCAUAUGUUGAAUCGUCAUAUUUUGAAUCGUCAUCUGAAGUCGUAGCCUCAUCUGAAGUUACUUCAUCAUCGAGUUUAAUAUUGUCUUCAACUGUGGAUUCUUCGUCGAGUGUGGAACCACUUUCAACCUACCCUUCGCUGUCAGACGCGAUUUCAUCUUCUUCUGUUGUUUCCUCGCCAGAUACAAUCAUGCCUUCAGCCAGUUCCGACGUUCCUUUCUUUUCCCCUUCAUUGGCAUCUAGCUAUACAGGAUCUAGUUCAGCACAAUCUGAGACAGAUAUAGUUACAGAUUCAGACACUUUAGGAACUGAAAUAACUGAUGAAAUUGUUAGUACAAGCUCACAUGAACUCAGCUCAGGCACAGCUACAACUGUUAUAGGAACACCAUCUGAUGAAGUCGUCACAACUGCUGACCCAACAGACUCUACUACUGAGAUUAAAGAACCAGAGACUUCGGAAACACUCAUGGAUUCCGAAACAGAAAGCGAGGAAGAGGGAUCAACCACUCUCAAAGUGCAACCAACUUUUGAAAGUACUGAAAGUACCGAAAGUAUCGAACCUUCAACCACAGAUACUCACUCGGACUGGUCUUACACCACCACCAUCGUGAUAACUGAACCUGAUGGAAGUACAGAAACAAAGACAGCUAUUGUUGUCGAUCCUCAGAAUUCCGAAGGUGAUUGGUAUACCUAUACUUCGUUCUUAGAUGAUGAAUCCACUACUCUCAAAGAAGAACCUACGCUUGGAACUUCUCAAAAUACUCAUAAUUCUGAAACCACUGAAACCACCCAAUCCACAAGUACAGAUACUCACUCGGACUGGUCUUACACCACCACCAUCGUGGUAACCGAGCCUGACGGAAGCACAGAAACAAAGACAGCUAUUGUUGUCGAUCCUCAGAAUUCCGAAGGUGAUUGGUACACAUACACGUCGUUCUUGGACGAUCCAAAGGAAACUGAUGAAGUGAACAGUACACCAGCAAAUGUAGAUACAACGACCAGAGUGAGUGAUCGCUCUACAACUACAACAACACAAGGUUGGACCGGGACUUAUACGACUACGUUCACAGUGCCAGGAGAUGAUCUUGAUACCGUUAUCAUUGCAACACCACCUGUGGAUUAUACUACCACUACACAACAAUGGACUGGAAGUGAUACAACAACUUACACCAUAUCCGGAGACACACUUCAGACUGUUGUAGUUCAAGUGCCAACCACCGCCACCACACCUCAACCUGCCACGGGUGGAGUUGUCACUGAAUACGUAACAACAUAUACCACUGCUUUGCCAAAUGGAUCUCCUGCUACAGAAAGUGCACAAGUUGUUAUUUCUCAAGAUGACGAUGGUACUUUGUUCACAUCUUCAGCAGUAUUGCCUACCAUCUCAACAUAUACAAGGACCGCCACUGUGACGUUGGGCAAUGGCCAACAGUCCACCGCCGUCUAUGAGGUCAUAGUUUCACCAGAUGAUUCAGGAAGUCUUGUUACUACAAGCAGUAUUUUAGUUGUAGCUGAUAGAACUGACGUACCUGAAGGUCCUGCUAAUGGUUUAGAUAAUACUAGCACAAAUACAGAUGUUGGUGGUGAAGAGUCUACCAACGAAAUUAGUGACGAAGUUGUAAAUAACAAUGCCAUUAAUGAAGAUAGUGGGAGUGGUGCAGCUCCUAAUGAGGCCAAUACUGAACAAAACAUGAACAAUGAAGUUAUAAACAAUAAUUAUAAUUCCGGCGACAAUACUAAUACUAAUAAUGCUAAGGAUUAUAGUACUGGUGAAAAUAAUGGCAACACUAAUACCAACACUAAUACCAACACUAAUACCAACACUAAUACCAACACUAAUGCCAACACUAAUGCCAACACUAAUGCCAACACUAAUGUCAAUGAUAAUGUUACCGGUAAUAAUGCCAAUGAUAACGGUAUUGCUAACAACGGUAGUGAAAACAAUGGUAAUGUUGCUAACGACAACGUUUAUUAUGACGGUACCGAAUCAAAUGGUGAACAAACCGUCCAACCGGCUGAUUCUGAAAAUGAAGACGUUCAAGAAUUCGCCCCUACGUCUUAUACUAUUGCAGUCACUACCUCACUUCCUGAUGGUCUGGUUCCUACAGAACUCGCGGUAGUAGCUGUUUCGAUGGGUCCUGACGGCGUGGCUACCACACUAACCGCACCAAUUACCGCACCUACUAAUGCUGACUACUUCACUACUGUUGUGACUGGUGCACCGGUUGAAGACUACGAUGCUGUAGGUAAGGAAGAAACUGAUGCCCCGGCGGCACCUACUGCCGAUGGUCCUGUUCCUCAGGUUCAACAACAUCAACAUGAUGAGGAUAAGGACACCACUGAAGAAAACGGAUAUUCACAUGAUGUGGAAGCAUUUGAUAGUGGGGCAGGAUCUGUAAAUUAUCCGAUUUACAUGAAUGCCGCACCCCUUUUGAUUGCUCUCAUUAUGAUUUAG